UUGGGAAAUAGAGGUCGUAUGACGGCAGGCAGGAAGUCACAAAUCAGACUCGUUAAUUAAUGUGUUUCAGGUCUGUUAACAUUCCUCAGUCAACAUUUCCAAUGUGUUUAAGUUUUAAUGGCACGUAGCGUGAGCAGGAUAACCGACUUCUUUGCCUCUUGGACGGACUCAAACCAGAGCAACAAUGGCUGGCGAAAAUGUGAGUGUGGUUUUCAAGCUGUACUGCCUGACAGUGAUGACACUGGUGGCAGCUACAUACACAGUGGCACUGCGGUACACAAGGACCGUUUCCACGGGAGACCUGUACUUCUCCACAACUGCAGUGUGCCUCACCGAGGUCAUUAAAUUAAUACUGAGUCUGGGGAUGUUGGCAAAAGAAACGGGAUGCCCCACCAGACUGAAGAACGCCAUAGUGGAACAUGUGUUCCUCAGCCCAAAAGAGCUGCUGAAGCUGAGCGUGCCCUCUGUAGUGUAUGCAGUUCAAAAUAACAUGGCCUUUCUUGCCUUGAGUAACCUUGAUGCGGCAGUUUAUCAGGUGACCUAUCAGUUGAAGAUCCCAUGCACAGCCUUGUGUACGGUCCUCAUGCUGAACCGCUCUCUCAGCAGGCUGCAGUGGUUCUCUGUCUUCAUGCUCUGCGGAGGUGUCACACUCGUACAGUGGAAGCCUGCAGAGGCCACUAAGGUCCAGAUUGAGCAAAACCCAGUGGUUGGCUUCAUCGCCAUUGCUAUUGCUGUCCUUUGCUCUGGAUUUGCAGGUGUGUACUUUGAGAAGGUGUUGAAGAGCUCAGACACAUCUCUAUGGGUGAGGAACAUACAGAUGUACCUGUCCGGCAUCUUGGUCACGCUGAUUGGUGUUUACAUGACCGAUGGUGAAAAGGUCCUGGAAAAAGGCUUCUUUUUCGGUUAUACACCCUGGGUGUGCUUUGUAGUAUUCCUGGCCAGUGUGGGGGGUCUGUACACGUCAGUGGUGGUGAAAUACACAGACAACAUCAUGAAAGGCUUCUCUGCUGCAGCUGCCAUUGUUCUCUCAACAGUGGCUUCUGUCAUUUUGUUUGGACUACAGAUUACGAUCACAUUUGCCUCUGGCGCCAGCCUCGUGUGUGUUUCCAUCUACCUAUAUGGACUUCCAAAGCAAGACACAUCCAAGCUGAGCCGGCAAGGCACAGACAACGAAUACAAACAGAAACUCAUCACUGUGUGAGUCGCUGACCUGCAGCAGAGAAAGCUCUCUUGCUGGUGGACCAGGUGUGCUCUGGGGUUUUCUGGGGACGUAAAACAGCUCCUGCACUGGAGGGAUUAGGGAGCCAAUCUGGUCUUCUUUUUUUUUUUUUAAAGGAACACUCAGUUUGGGUGGCUGUGUUUAGUUCAUCACAAAGAUGACAGCUUUUGUUCCACUUUAAUGUAAUCCAGUCCACUUUCACCCACAUGGGACUGCUGACAAUACUAUGAAUUUCCAGACAUUUUGAAGAAAUCUUAAUGUUUUUAAUGGGGGGUGUUUUAUUUUUUGUUCAAUUAGUAAUUAGUGUGUUUUAAACAGUACAGUAUGAGUGUUUUAUGUCUAUGUCACACAGUGCUGAUUCUGAAAGUGCCCAAAUCACAGGAAAGCAUACUUGAAAGAAGGAAGAUGACAGAUGGCACGUGUGAGUAUGUUUAUGUUAUCUCUUGAGCAUCUUGUACCUUUUGUAUCGUAUCUGUGAAGCAUUUUGCUUUGGAUUUUAAAGCUAUUAUUAAAACUGAACGGACAUGUGUUUAACGUGA